UCGCGCGUGUGUGACGUAACGCGGAACACAGUGACGUUUGUUGAUUUUUCGAUUUACAUAGACCGGUGUUAUUUUUAACUAUAGUAUUUAUUUAUGAUUUCAACCAUGUUCGUCAGGCAAUGAAAGUGCUGUUUAUGCCACUGCGCUUUAAACACAUCGAAGAGCGGAGCAGCAGCGGAUCAUCUUCAGCAUUUCAGUGUGGGAUCAGCUGUAUUUGGGGUCAUGGCUAUCCUGUUUGCGGUGGUGGCUCGAGGGUCGACUGUUCUGGCUAAACACGCGUGCUUCUCUGGCAACUUUCUGGAGGUGACGGAGCAGAUCCUGGCCAAAAUCCCGUCGGAAAACAACAAACUCACGUAUUCUCACGGCAGCUAUCUCUUCCACUACAUCUGCCACGAGAGGAUCGUCUAUCUGUGCAUCACCGAUGAUGAGUUCGAGCGCUCGCGUGCGUUCGGCUUCCUCAAUGAGGUCAAGAAGCGCUUUCAGACCACCUACGGCUCGCGAGCUCAAACCGCGCUGCCCUACGCCAUGAACAGUGAGUUCUCCAGCACGCUGGCUGCACAGAUGAAACAUCACUCAGAUCCCAAAGGCUCAGACAGACUGACAGAAACACAGAUGCACGUAGACGACUUGAAAGGCAUUAUGGUCCGAAACAUUGAUCUCGUCGCACAGAGAGGAGAGAGACUCGAGCUGCUCAUCGAUAAAACAGAGAACCUGAUGGAUUCUUCCGUCACCUUUAAAACAACGAGCCGUAACCUGGCCCACGCCAUGUGUAUGAAGAACCUGAAGUUAACCAUCAUUGUGGUAAUAAUUGUGGUGGUGGUGCUGUAUUUUAUCGUGACGGCCGCGUGCGGAGGAUUCAGCUGGCCGAACUGUCGGAAGAAGUAGAAAAGCCCUGAUGCUCCCUUAGUAUGUGAGAGCGCUAGUUCUGCCCAGCUCACCUCGUCCUCGUUUGACUAAAGACUCACAAACACAGGACGGCACUGAACCCCUGCUGUUUCCUGUGCUGUUCCAAACAAGAUCUCAUCAUCGCCUUUCCAAGUUGAUCUUAACCGUAUAUUUUUGAUUCUUUGGGUUCUUUUCACAGUGUUGUAAUGCAGUUCAACUAAAUGAAGAAUUUAAAGGAGUAGUUCACCAAGACGUUAAAAUUGUGUCAUCAGUUUUCUGUAAAACAUGAGAUGUUAAUUCAUGCUGCUCAUUUCCUUCCAUAAAAAUAAAAGGGGAUUAUAUUCUGUUUAGUUUUAAAAUGUGCCAUACAAGUAUCAUAAAAGUUGUCCUAACGGCUUGUGCACUGUAUGCAGUGUCGUAUAAUAGCUUUAUGUGAGGAAAGGAAUUGAAGUCAUUGUCAGAAAAUCUUUCCAUCCGUAGAAAAGCUCAAUUCUUAUUUGCUGUUGCAUUUUGCAGACACUUCACAUCCCAGUCUGUCACAUUACAUGCCCAACA